AUGGCAGGCAAGGUCGAAGAGGAAACGGCCGGAAGUCAUUCAGGGGAGACUAUUAUUCAACAUGAUUCAAUUCUUAAGAAGGCAGGAGAUGUAUCUGCUGAGCUAUUCAGUUUGAUCCUCGGCGACUCUCAAGUCAAAGUGAACCGAAAUUUCCUCAUCCUUGGCGACAAUAACAGAACAGAGAAUAGGACGGUAACCGCUUUUGGCUUUACGCUCGGUAAAAUCGCUGCAAUGUGA